CAAACUUAACCAAAUUUAUUAUAAAUCUUCACUUGGUACAUUUAUUAUUAGUUAACAAUGGAUUUGACAGAUACUAAAAGUUUGAAUACAUCUCCUAUCACCCAAAAUAUUCUAUACAAUUGGGUUGACAUCACGGAUAACUUCUUUGCCAAUGUGAAAGAACUACAACUUGGUGAGUUACUCCACGAUGAGUUCUUUGGUCUAUUGGAUGCAAUGUCAGCGAUUGAGAUGAUGGAUCCUAAAAUGGAUGCAGGAAUGUUGUGCAACAGAGGGCAACAACCAUGCACUUUUCAAUCUGGCAUAGAGUCUGGCCAGCUAAAACUACAAGGUUUAUUAGUCAAUGAAACGAUUGGUAUAAUGGACCAUUGUUUAUGUUGCUUAGUGUCAUGGUUAGAAGGCCAUUCAUUAGCCCAAACUUUAUUCACAUGUUUGUAUAUGCACAGACCCCAUGAAAUUCAGGAUAAGCAUUUAAAAGCAUUCUGCAUAACUUUAUACAAGGUUCUCGAAUUGAUUAAAGAUUUUGUGAACAGAGCCAAUGUGUGCGAAGAGGAAGAUUUUCAACCGAUGUCUUAUGGAUAUAAGUUGCAUCCAGAAAUUCCAGAGCAAAAAGUUAUGAUUUUAUUGAAGGAAAGUGAGGAGGACUUAUUAAAAAUAGUUAGAACUUCAACUGAAGCUGAAAGCACUUGGGCUCUUCAUGCUAGAAUGAAAUUUAUAAGAUUAUUAUAUCAAUCAUUAUUAUCUUUAUCAAAAUUUGGGCAAAGUCAAACAAAUUCAGGAAAUUUAACUGAUACACAGCGUAUUCUAGGUAGUUGUUUAGAAGUUGUUCCAAUACUUGUUAGAACAUCCAGUUUUGCUCCUGUUGUAAAGGAUGGAGAAGAUCCUAUCGGGUUUUCACCUCUUGUAAACCAAAGACUUUUGCCUCCAACUUUUCCUCGUUAUACGAGAAUACCAAAUGCAGAAACAGCUUUUGGAUAUUUAGAAGGUUUGCUGAAAAGACUUAGAUCUGCUUGCAGAGUUACUGCAUGUACUGGAUUUCAUAAUGCACUGGACUUCUUUUUAGAGUUUAGCCAUAAGGCAGGUCCUUGUUUGCUUUCUCGUUGUGUUCUGCAGACUUUAUAUAUACCGACAAGCUUGCCGGAGUCUUUAAAAGAAGCAGCUAGACAAUUCAUUGCUCCACCAUCUCUAAUGCCAAGAUCACCUAUAUUAAGUAAUCAUGAGGCUAAGGAAUGCAUAGAAUCAUUUUUUAAUUAUUGCGCACGACCGUUUGCAAAUCUCCUGCAAUUAUGUGGACACAAUAGAGCUCGUCAAAGAGAUAAACUAGCUAGAUUGAUAAAAGAAUUUUCUUCUAUUCAUGAUGAGGCUGAACGUGUCGAUGCUUUUUUACAUCCUUUGACUAUUCAUCAUGACGUAGGUAAAACACAUUUAGCAUGUUUAGCUACUUGGAUAUUAUAUCACUGUUUUAGGGUCAUAGCUAUGUAUCUCCUGUCAGGAUUGGAACUCGAAUUAUAUAGUGUACAUGAAUAUCAUUACAUAUUCUGGUAUCUUUAUGAAUUUUUAUAUGGAUGGCUGGUGUCUGCUUUGAGUCGAGCUGACAAUUACUUGAGUGAACAAUUAUCAGCAGAAGCAUUACGAGCUGCCAAAGGUAGUCGCAAAAAGCCAAGAAAAAAGAAAACUAGAUCUUAUGGAAGGGAAAUUAUAAUGUAUCAAGCUAUGCAAAAUAUGUGUGGAGGAUAUUAUAAGGCAUUAUUAGGGCUGCAAGUCGAAGGACGAUUGCCUACACCAAAAUCUCCGUUCGAUAGUGAACGCGUUCGUUACGAGCACCGUAUGGCUCCUUUGGCCCUGCUUGGAACACCACCACCUGUGCACUACGCAGAAUUUCGUGAGAUGAGAUCACAGCAACUGGCUGCAGCAGCUGCUAGAAGAUCAUUUAACGCAGCUGCAAGCGGAAACGCUGCUUGCGAAGUAGCAGACCAAGCAUCUGAAUUGUAUGCAAGUGCGGUAAAACAUUUUCAUCAAGCGAGGUCACUUUUGGAAACGAUCACGACACCCGAUAAUGAGGUCACAGACAUACUAAAAGUUGCCAAAACGAAUUUCAUCGUAGUAAAACUGCUCGCAGAUGGUCACAAAAGGGACAAAAAUCCACCGGAAUUUGAUUUUUCGAUGCACCGCCAUUUACCAAUUAUAAAGUUAAUUUGAGUGUUCUGUUACAUGUUUUAUAGAAAU